GUAUCACAGUGAGAAGCCGAUGUUGACCGUCCUCUGCUGCAAUACUGUGCAAAGUUUUACCAGGGAAAAGAUUGAUAAACUGCAAAAUGGGACAUUGAAAAGUGUUUAUUGACACACCAGACAAGGCAACAUAAUCGCGGACAAUAUCUAGCAACUGAGAAUGUCAAUAAACCGCUGUAUGCUCCUGUUCUCACGAGUACAACACAGAAUAUGCGCCAUAUCUGUACGAAACACAAAUGCUCUGGUGGACAGUCGUUGUGUACACUCUGGAUCUAUAACGUUCUUGAAAGGGUCCUUGUCUGGUUCUGUGUCCACCAGACAAGGUGUUUCUUCAAACAGUUCGUCGCGACCACCAGACACCUCACUAUUUGUGCCUCUCAGCAUCAAGAGUGAUGUCGGCAGUGAUGGGGCUGUGGGAGCUGAGCUCACGCAACCUUUGGACAAAAAUGAACUUCUCAAAAUGUUGAACAAGUUCUACAAAAGGAAAGAGAUGCAAAAAAUUGCAGCUGAUCAAGGUCUCGAUGCUCGCCUCUUUCACCAAGCCUUCAUCAGUUUUCGGAAGUAUGUGCUAGAAAUCUCUAUGCUCAGUGCAGACCUUCAUAUCAUCUUCAAUGACAUAUGCUGUGGAGCAGGCCACAUAGAUGACCUUUAUCCUUACUUCAUGAGACAUGCCAAGCAGAUUUUCCCCAUGUUGGACUGCAUGGAGGAUCUACGCAAAAUCAGUGAUCUGCGUGUACCAGCUAAUUGGUACCCUGAGGCUAGAGCCAUCCAGAGGAAGGUGAUAUUCCAUGCUGGCCCCACCAACAGUGGAAAGACCCAUCAUGCAAUUCAGAGAUACCUGGCUGCCAAGUCUGGAGUCUACUGUGGACCGCUGAAGCUGUUAGCCCAUGAGAUCUUUGAAAAGAGCAACAAUGCUGGUGUGCCAUGUGAUUUGGUGACAGGAGAGGAGAGAACAUUUGUGGAUGAGGAGGGGAGACAAGCUGAGCAUGUGGCCUGUACUAUCGAGAUGUGCAGUGUCACAACACCAUAUGAAGUUGCGGUCAUUGAUGAGAUCCAGAUGAUCAGAGACAUAUCGAGGGGAUGGGCCUGGACUAGGGCUCUGCUUGGUUUGUGUGCUGAGGAGAUCCAUGUGUGUGGAGAGCCUGCAGCUAUUAACUUUGUCACAGAGCUCAUGUACACUACAGGGGAGGAGGUGGAGGUUCGUAACUACAAGAGGCUCACUCCUUUCUCAAUCCUGGACCAUGCUGUGGAGUCUCUGGAUAACCUGCGACCAGGCGACUGCAUCGUAUGCUUCAGCAAAAACGAUAUUUACUCCAUCAGUAGGCAGAUCGAGAUCAGAGGCCUGGAGUGUGCAGUCAUCUACGGCAGCCUUCCACCUGGCACCAAACUAUCUCAAGCAAAGAAGUUCAAUGACCCAGAGGACUCGUGUAAGAUCCUGGUUGCAACAGAUGCCAUAGGGAUGGGACUAAACUUGAGUAUCAAGAGAAUCAUUUUUAACUCACUGGUGAAACCUAACAUCAAUGAGAAGGGUGAGAAGGAGCUGGACACCAUCUCCACAUCUCAGGCUCUCCAGAUCGCCGGGCGGGCCGGACGCUUCAGCUCCAUCUUCAAAGAGGGCGAGGUCACCACCAUGCACCGCGACGACCUGCCAAUUCUCAAGGAGAUACUCAGCAGGAACGUCGACGCCAUAGAGACAGCUGGGCUGCACCCCACAGCAGAGCAGAUUGAAAUGUUUGCCUACCACUUACCUGAUGCCACCUUGUCCAAUCUGAUAGAUAUAUUUGUGAGCCUCUCCCAAGUUGAUGGCAUGUACUUUGUGUGCAACAUUGACGACUUCAAGUUCCUGGCUGACAUGAUCCAGCACAUUCCCCUCAACCUGCGCUCUCGAUAUGUGUUCUGCACUGCGCCCAUCAACAAGAAGCAGCCCUUUGUGUGCACCUCCUUCCUGAAGUUUGCCAGACAGUUCAGCAGAGAUGAGCCCCUGACCUUUGACUGGGUGUGUCGGCAUGUCAGCUGGCCGCUGGUCCCACCCAAGAACAUCAAGGACCUGGUGCACCUGGAGGCUGUCCAUGACGUGCUAGACCUCUACCUCUGGCUCAGCUACCGCUUCAUGGACAUGUUCCCGGACGCCAAUCAUGUCCGAGAGAUCCAGAAGGAGCUGGACAGCAUCAUCCAGGUGGGUGUGCGCAACAUCACACGACUCAUCCGAGCCACGGAGACCAACGCCCCCCCGGGCACAAACCCGCUUUCCAACCAGAGGAGGCUGGGGCCCAGCCCAGUAUCCCCAAGGAGGGUCCGAGGGGCCCCCAAGGCCCAGGACAGUGGAGUAGAGGGUUGGCAGCUGGACAAGUCCCUAGGUUCCCGCCUGGUACAGGAGGGAUUACUGACCCCUGACCUCCUAAGGCAACUGCAGAAGGAGUGGUCCAAAGUGCACCGACAAGAGGAAGAAGGAGUCAAACUGGUUGUGGGGAAUAAUAAAACAAAAGGGAAUAAGAAGAAGAAGAAGUGACCGUCCCAGUUUCUGCCUUAGGUCCUAACUAAAACCUAGCAGGUUUUGUCUCAUUUUGACUGGACUUCAUACCAGGCGGUGUCAUGCAUUUUCAGUGGCUAAAGAUGUGAUUAAUUGUAUGUGUAGGUCCCAGCUCCUGCUCAAAAACAAAUAGUCAUUUUAUGGGCCAAAAGGUGACGUAAAAAUCCAAAGUAAUAUCUUAUCUUAUUACGCAAUCAUUUUGCUGUAAUCUUUUUACCACUUGAAAAGUAGAGUGGUUGACUGCAUCUUCACGUAGACGGAUAGUCUGUCUCGCGCAGCAAGUUAUGACAAUGUUACACUAUGUGCCCAUCACAUGCUUGGGCUAGCCUAGUGUAACUGCCGGAAACUCAAAUGUUACCACCACUGAUUUAUAUGCCCCUGUGUAUGAUUUAAGGAAUUGAAAUAGCAUAAAUGAAAAGGUCAUUGAUUAAAAAAAUUGUAAUAAUAUUUUGGUUUUGAUGAGGCCUUUUGUAUUCAUUUGAUGUGAGACAUAAGGUGGCGAAUGUCUCUAAUAAUUUGACACUUUACUCUGUAACGACAAUGUUGUAGACCUGUCAUACAGCUUCUUAACGUAUCAACAAAUGUUAAAUGGUUAUAAGAUAUGUCAUGACAAUGAUUUUCUUGCCUUUUGACACUGCUUAUAACACCUUAAUUGUGUCAUGAACAUUUCAUAGCCCAUGUGACAAAGGUCAUGAGACACUUUCAGGCCAUGUGCUGCUUUCAAAGCAUUCUCUGCACUGGGAUCAGUUUUAG